AUGACCUCCUCAUCGUCGCCGACCCAGUCCGAUGGCGCCUUCCUUUGCUCGCCGGCGAUCCGUGGACCGUCGGGCUCGAGCUGCUACAUCCCCUCGGGCACGGCUGGUCCCUCUCCGCGCCACCUCAGCGGUAUGCUGCACGAAUCCCAGUCGAGCCCUCAGAGAACCUUUGACCGCGAUCUCGUCGCCGGCCGCAUCGAUGUCACUUUCUCCGGCGAUGACCACAUCGAUAGACUCCUCGACUCUCUCUUGCCCGACGACACGCUCUACUUCGAGGAACUCUCUUCCACCGCGCUGAGCGAGAUUCUGCGUCCCAAGCUCGUCCAGUUUACCGUCGCAGGCGACCGCUUUGAUCCAGGCGCUGACAAGCCCUGCGGACGCCUCAAGUUUCUCUGCCUCGAUGGCGUUGAUAGCGGCGACGACGACGGAGUCGAUAGCAACUCGUCAGUCGGCGGCGACGGCGGUGUGGGCGACGAUGAUGGAAUGCAUCGGACCAAUGCAUCCACACCCGCUCGUGAAGGAGGCGCCGCCGUCACCGCCGCCGCUGCCACCGCCGCCACCGCAGCCACGACCUUUUUCGCCUACUUCUCGCACGAGGCUGGGCGCUGGAGGAUCAACAUUUUUUGCUGCGGCGGAACCGAUCAAGCUUGCCAGCGUCGUGCGGACUCUAGCAUGGCCCUUGCCGUCGCCCGACCCCCCUCGGACGGCACCGGUCACUGGUACUCGCGUGCUUUCUUCGAGUACGUCCGUACCAACGAGAACAAUCUCGUGGCCGUCUUCCAAGCUCUCGCGACCGCCCUGGAUAGUCAUUUCGGAGAGCAGUUGCGGCGCAUUGAUGGAGCGGGGCGUGCCUAUCAACGAGAAGGCGCCGUCUACUGUAACACUGGCGACCAAGGCCUGAAGUGUAAACCGGCAGACGAAAUGGACCAGUGGGGCUGCAAGAUCCGUCCUGACAUCGUCGUCGUCAAGAAGAAGGAGAAGAUCGAUUGGGCGCACGCAAGAGCCAUAUUCGAGUUCAAGACGACGCGCACGAAGAACCAAGAGCCCUUGGAAGGUGCCACGAGGCACAGCCAAGACACACUCGCUCAACUGCACAAAUACGUGGUCAAGGCCGUAUCCGAGACCCCGGGCUUCACGUCGCUCUACGCCAUGAUCGUGCGCGACCGUGUCGUGGUCCCUUACAGGAUCGACGCGGAUCAUAUCGUCAAUCUCGAGGGGUUCGAUGCCGAUGCAGAGCCUUUCCUCCUCUACAAGGUGUUCCUCCUCAUGCGAGGAAUCUGCCUAGAUUCGUAUUCCGGGUUCGGCCUUUAUCAGAGGCAAGUCGAUGUGCGGAAACUCCGAGAGAUCUACGUUGCCGACGCAUCGUUGUCGCCACCUUCUGGCGGCCUCGACAAGCAACAUCGACAGACCGAGUGGUAUCGCCGUGUCGAUGUCCGCGUCCCCGAGAUGCCCAGGGAUUGGUCACCGCCCAAGUCGUGGCCAUACGAGUUCUGGCACAAGAACUCGAUCUCUCAUCGCUCGACGAGUGUCGCACGGGUCGAAGUCAAGCUCCACCAUCCCGGUAGCAGCCGGGCGCCGGAUCAGAGGGACGGCGAGGGUUUCGUCCCGGCCAUCAUCAAGAUCUCUCACCUCUCAGCGCCAGCCUCUGGCUUCGAGGGCAAGGCAUUCCGCGCGCUGGAAGCCCAAAGGCCUCGGCCGAAGACGUCGAACACAGUCGGCGGGAGCCAGACAGCGCGUCUAGUCCAAGCCAUGCAGGCUCGCUGCUACGCGGGCAUCCCGCAGCUGCUCACUCACGGCGUGCUCUGGUGGGCAACCAAGGACUCUGGACUCGCCAACAUCCACAAGAAGGUUCGAUCGGCCGGCGAGCCGCCGACUACCUUUGCCCCCCCGACCCUGGCUCGCAAAGACAUGACGCCCUACCUUGUCGAUCCAAGGAAUCGCCUCUUCACCGUAGCGACAGCAACGCGCCGAAUGCCGACAGCGACCAUCACCCGCUACGUGCCGACAUUUGCCUCGACGGACUCACGGGCAUGGACCUUGCCCGCACAGAUCGCGAGCGUCAUCGAGGUCCUCUUCUACGUGUGUCGGCCCAGCAAGGUCGUGCAUGGUGACAUCUCCCCCGGCAACAUCCUCAUGCAUUCGACUAUUACCCGCGAGCAAGAAGCGCAGCUCCUCGACCCGCAGUGGCCGCGUGAGCGGCUGCCGCAACUCUCGCUCCUCGUCGACUUUGGCGAGAGCUGGGUCAGCGAUGCCGAUGCAGGCGAUUGCCCUGACACGCUCGAAACGCGCAAGUUUACCAGCGGCACAAGGCUCUUCUGGUCGAGAAAGUCGUACCGCAACAACCGGCACCUGCAAAGACUGCGCUCGCCAGAUCCCGAUCAGUUCAAGCACAAACUCGAGCCCCUCGACACGUUCGAUGCUAUCGAGAGCGCUCUGGUCGUGCUCGUCUAUCUGCUGUCCCGCCAGUUCAAGCUCUACACGUGCGAGCCAGACAUGGCUGGCUUCCGGCCCGUGCUUCGUACAACAACGUGGUCCAAGCUCGAGAAGGACGUCCGGUCUUCGGAGAUGGGCGACUUUGGCGCCUUUCACGACUUCUUGGUGAUGCAGUUCGACGACCCCCGUCUUGACAGGAACCACAUCAGCCAGCUCAGUCGCUCGCCGUCCCGCGCGAGGACGACUCCAGGUCGCCGUCGCCGCCUGCUCCACGUUCUGGAGGAGGAAUUCGACGCUCCGCCCAAGGACAAGACCAGCACGCUGCUCAAGCUCGUCAAAGCGAUGAUCUCGGAUUGCGUAGAGGUGAUCGACGAGAUCGGUCAGACGGCUGCGGGCCUGCAGGGCCAGUCGUCGGACGAAACCAAGGCGGGAGCGGGUCACGAGGCACUCGAGGCACAGGUCGUGCACCUCAUCGAGCGGCUCACCGACAGGCUCUACCGCGGCACCCGCGACAUGUUCGACUAUCGCGACGUAGACGUCGCUGCCGAGCUAUGGGAGGGUCUUGACCCGAACAGCUCGUGGACCCGCGCGGGCAAACUCGGCAAGCCUGACAAAACCGUCAACGCUUAA